AUGGCGAGAAUAGGUCGUGAAGAGAAGGGGAUUUCGCCCUUCUUUUAUUUCGCUAAAUCUGUCCCUUGCAAGCCUAAGACCAAGAGCAGGAAGAAAACGACGAGCAGGACAAGCACCAACAAUCGCGCAGUCAAAGAGCCGACCAACCUCUUGAUCACGAAGGCUGAACUCAGUGACAACGCCCAGGUCAACUUCAACAAGAAGGAACUCGAGUCCGUGCCCAAGCCGAUAUUGUUACCAUCCUUCGGAGGAAACCCAGACAACGGAAAACAUGAAGGACGUGGUGGUGACAUCAACCUCGAUGCGGACCCCUUAAACUCUACAGAUUUCGAUGAUGAUACAUACUCGCCUCUUUUGAGAUUCAUUUGCGAGCACAGUUUCAUGCGGAACAAACAUUACCCUGUCUCAUUGUCCUCGCGUCAACAGUUCGUCCGGGAUGUACAUGAGGAGGCUGGUGAGCUAGGAUACAAGGAGAAAGAAGUUAAUAGGGUGCUCCUUGAUAUCAAGCGCUAUUACCUGAAGAGUGUUGGAUCUGCAGCUGCAUUUUCGGAGGGAAUAGAGUUCGGAGACGAGAUUGAUGACUCUGAUCCAGCUUCGCACGAAUCCGAGGUGCCGAGCUCGAGUGAUCAGCAGACUUUUAAGCAGAAGAGGGACGAAGCCUUGACUAGGGCUGACAGCUUAGUGGGGAAACGACUUGUCAAUACCACGAGCCUCUCCAGACGGACUGCGCUAACUCCCUGUGACGCCCUUGAUCAUGAUGAUGUAGCCGAGGAGGGGAAGCUGUCAAAAUUUCAAAAGAAACGGAAACGAAAGCGUGAACGGAGGCAAAGUUCAGACCAGCCCUAUUCUGAAGCCCACAAGGGGGCGAGAAAAACUGCGAUUACCGUUGACCUUGAAUCUGCAAAGGUUGCUUCUCUGAACAAGUCAGAGAAGCCACUGAUUUGCGGCAAGGGCAAAAUGCAAGAAGAGCCGCGAAAUUGGUCAAAGAAGAAGAUACAACGCACUGCUAGACGCCAAUCAUCGCAGUCCUCGAUAGAGGUCCGCGACUGCAGAACCGAUGAUUUGCCGGGGGUGACAACCGGCAAUGAGGUGAGGUCAAAAUAUUUUAUGCACUCAAACAUCGGAGACUUAAAAAACGGAAGAGCUGCUGAGAUUGAAUCAUCGCCCCUGGUCCGCAAACAUCGCUCCAUGCCAGACCAUGUCCUGAGCAUGGCCGAGGACAUGGGCAUGCUUUCUGACAUUUUGCUCUCCGACUCGACUUUGAGUGAUGUACCCAGCGACAUUGAUUCCUUUCCUAAUAGCCCCCGUGCGUCUCCUGAUCGAUCCCUAUCACUUCAGCGCUGCCUCACGGAGAGCCUCGAGGAGGUAACCGGGAUUCCAAGCGAACCUGUCACGCCUACACGAUGCGUCAUUCCCUGCGAUGCGAUGGAGCAUACGCCCCACCCAUUUGACCUUUCGUUAGAUCGUAUACUCAUACCAGAAAAAAGACCCCGUCUUAAACCAACAAGGAUAUCACGCUAUUUCCAGAGGCCGUUCGUUAACGAAGACUCUUGCCUGCCGUUCCCCCCAAUCGAUGCACCAAAUUUUGGUUUAGUACAAGAGCAACUCGCCCACGAUCCAUUCCGCUUACUCCUCGCAACGAUCUUCCUCAACCGAACACGUGGCGGCGUUGCGCUUCCCAUCCUAUUCCAGGUCUUCGACAGGUACCCCACGAUCGAAGCAAUGGCCGUGGCCAACCCACACGAGCUGGUAUCCAUGAUCCACCGCCUCGGCUUUCAGAAUCAGCGUGCAAGGAAAUGUAUCGCACUAGCGCAGACAUGGCUGAGUUGUCCGCCUUUCCGUGGCAGACGGUACCGGAAACUCAACUAUCCACGCAAGACUGACGGCCGGGACGUCAAAGCCGGUGAGUGUAUCGACGACGAAGAUCAGCGGAUAGCUUGGGAGAUUGCGCACCUCCCUGGGGUGGGAGCUUAUGCCUUGGAUAGCUGGAGAAUCUUCUGUCGGGAUGAGUUACGGGGUCUGGCUAAGGACUGGAGAGGGAAUGGUGCUGCGUCGGCUGGGUUCGUCCCCGAGUGGAAGUCAGUGCUGCCGCAGGAUAAGGAACUUCGCGCUUAUUUGACGUGGAUGUGGUUGAAGGAGGGGCUUAUCUGGGACCGGGAAACAGGGCACACUGUAAAAGCGAGCGAGAAGGUCAUGCGCGCUGCGAGGCGUGGUACAACCGCUCACAUUGAGGAGGGUAACUGGGUUCUUGAAACGUCGCCGGUCAAGCGGGGGUAG